AUGGCUGAAAGGUUGUUAGUAAGAGCAUUGAAUGGUGGUGAAAGCACUAAGAUUGUUACCUUGAAUGGGAAGAAGAUGACUAAGAUGCCCUCAGCAUUAGAGAAACUGCCGGGACUGAAGGCUCUACACCUUGAGAAUAACCUGAUCUCCAAAGUGUGCUCAGAGAUAUGCGCCUUGACCCAGUUGACAACACUUAAUCUGGGAAACAACCUUUUAGAAGAAGUUCCAGAAGAGAUGAAAUACCUUACCUCCCUGGAGAGGCUCCAUUUGUUUGGAAAUAGAAUUAAUAGAUUUGCACCUGCAGCAUGUGACGGCUUACGAAAUUUGAUCCUGCUUAAUCUGAAUCACAAUCAGCUCACAUCGAUUCCUGAAGAAAUCAGCAGAUUAAAAAAUCUUACAUAUUUAAGUAUAAAUCAUAACCGGAUCACCAGUAUUCCUAGAGAACUUUGUUUUCUUGAGAAAAUUUCUGAACUUCAACUUAACUACAAUCGGCUCACUUGCAUACCUGAAGAAAUUAAGUUCAUGCACAUGCUCCAGAAGCUUUUUUUGGUCAGGAACAACAUUGAAGUUUUGCCAGAGAGAUUUUGUGAUCUUAUAAACCUAAGAGUCCUAAAUAUAGCUGGAAAUAUUAUUCGGACAUUUCCACCAGGAUUUCAGAAUCUGAAGCUGAGGGAAUUCUACUGUGAGGAAAACCCACUGUUCCUGAAGCAGCCAGUCAGGGCUGCGAUAAAGCAGGAUGUCUGGAGUCUACAGGAAAUAACAUCAAGAUUUAUAAUGAACCAGCUAGAAGAAAAUAAUCCUUUCUUAAUGCAAGCCAUAGAAGGGUACCCAGAGGUCAAGAACACACUCUCUAAGGGAAGAGAAUGUGCAAUAUGUGGAAAGUUUUUUUUAACCACAUGGAUGGAAUGUGUUGAAUUUGUUUCUCCAUCAAAGAACUGGAAGAUAAGCAGAAAUCUACAUCACGUACCCCUUCGAAUAUUAAUUUGUUCUUUCAAAUGUUUUAAUCAACGUGGCAGUAACCUGUUUGGAAUUGCCAAAGUGCAGAGCAAGUGA